AUGAUUCAACGCUUGACCGAAGCGGGCGAUCGACUCAUGAAAUCGUUUGAGUACCACGGUUAUUACGCACAUCAACGGGAUGGGUUGGUACAAGAGCCAGCAUUCGCCGACCUCGCGACACAGUCAAAGGCGGUGCCGUUGAUCCUGCAACUGCUCGGUACAAAUAUCCACAUUACGAACACGGCACUUAUUUAUAAACACCCACAGGCUCCUGAGGAGCCUGAUAACCGCAAUUGGCAUCGAGAUGUCGGUGUGCAUUUGGACGUCGGACACGAAGGGUGUCCGCGCGUCGGCUUGAAAAUAGGCUAUUGCUUAACGGAUUUCAGCGUACCGAACUCAGGUGCGACGUGGUUUAUCCGGAAGAGUCAUAAGUUGGGAAAACCGUUGGGCAUUCCCGAAGGUGAUGUCGACCCACUUGUGUAUGACGAACCGCUUCUCCGCGCAGGAGAUGCAUUUCUGUUUGAAAGCCGUAUCUAUCAUGCGGCGGGACUGAACUUCAGAGACAAUAUCUCUAAGGUCGCCAUCUAUGGGUACCAUUACCGCUGGAUUAAGCCGGAUUAUUAUCUGCGCUAUUACAAUGAUAGUCUGCAACCGAAUGAAACACUGGUGGAAAAUCUGGACGAUCUCGGUAGGCAGUUUCUCGGGGCAUCCACGGAUACACAGGGCAGGCGCGAUCCGAACGGCGUACACUGGGCUGGUACAGAAUGGGCAGCAGCGCACAACCUGAACUUGGAACAAGCCCCACAGGUCGUAACAAUUUAA